CCUCCUCGAUCAUGAUGUCAUGAGUCACGUGGACAACCACAGUCACCGCCACAUGGAUAAUGCACCUUAUAUGUAUGGACGUGUGCAUGUGUGUAUAUAUAUAUGUGUAUAUUUGGUGUGUAUGGAUGUAUGUGUAUUUGUACGUGUGUUUGCACGUACAUAUCUAUCCUUAUGGAUUUCUUAGAUAGAAGAAUAGCUGAAAUGAAUUUCUUGCAUGUUUUUCUCCGUCACACACACUGUUUGUGCGUGUACAUAGAACCUCAGUUACCGUGGUAUAUAUUGUAUUAUCUUAUUGAUUUUGUAUUUUUGGGCUUUGUAUUCUUCUGCUCUCUGUACCUGAGCUGUGGGAACGCACGCAUUUCCCCGCCGUCAGGUCAAUAAAGACUCAUCUUAUCUUACUUCUUAACAAAGAGGUUUUAUUGUGUAAAACCACAGGAAGUGUCUGUGCUGUCAUUAGUGCUUUUACUGUGAAAAGACAUGUGAGGAAAACGCUGAGGGUCUUCAGGUGAGGUCAUGGUAGGUCACGUGUUUUUCCUUCGUGCCAGAGGCUGAUGUACUGCAUGUAAAAGUACUUUGACUGCGCCACUGUCACACAGGCCGGAUGUACUUUUACAAGUGUACAUCUCUUAAAUCGGGUCUUUUCUGACUGGACUCUGGCAGCUGCUGCAGUCAGGAAACAGGAAGUUGAUUAACUGUGACGUAAAACAGGUAAACAAACAAACGGACUUCAAUACGAAAAGAAUCACUUUGAGCCCCAGAGGGCGCUGCUGUUCCUCCAGGCUGCUUCGGCAUGGCACGUGAUGACGUAAGCCUCUCAGUAUACGUCCGCCGGGGUGAAGCCCGGGGGUCGGUGUCCGGAGGAGCGCAGAGGAGCCGCCGAAGGAGCUGAGAGGAGCUGCCACGUCCAACAUGAGACUCAUCCUCAUCUCGCUGCUCUUCUCGCUCGGACUCGGUGCUCAGCAGCUGUCGCUGUCGGGGAUGUACGGCAGCCUGUGCUCACCAAACUUCCCGGAGCCGUAUCCCCGGGACACGCAGCUGCGCUGGAACGUCAGCGUUCCCGACGGCUUCCAGAUCAAGCUCUACUUCAGCCACUUCGACCUGGAGCCGUCUUACCUGUGCGAGUACGACUACGUCAAGGUGGAGGCUGAGGGGGAGGUGCUGGCGCUGUUCUGUGGGAAGGAGCAGACGGACACGGAGGCGGUGCCGGCUCAGCAGGCCCUCACUUCCCCCAGAAACUCCCUCAGCCUCCUCUUCUCCUCCGACUUCUCCGACGAGGAGCGGUUCUCCGGGUUCGUGGCUCACUACAGCGCCGUGGACGUAGACGAGUGCAGCGAGCGGAGUGGCGAGGACGCGCUCUGCGAUCAUUUCUGCCACAACUACAUCGGAGGAUACUACUGCUCCUGUCGCUAUGGUUACCGGCUGCACUCUGACAACCACACCUGCAGAGUGGAGUGCAGCAGCGAUGUGUUCAGGGAACGGUCCGGAGUUCUGAGCAGCAUUGACUUCCCUGCUCCGUACCCAAAGAGCUGCGAGUGCUUGUACCGCAUCGAGGUGGAGGAUGGCUUCAGGCUCCGCCUCCAGUUUGACUCACACUUUGAUGUGGAGGAUCACCCUGACGUCAGCUGUCCCUAUGACUACAUUAAGAUUAAAGCAGGAAGUGCUGUGUUCGGUCCGUUCUGCGGCGAUCGAUCUCCAGGAGUCAUUCAGACCGACAGCAACGUGGCCUCCGUCGUGUUCCACAGCGAUAGCUCUGGAGAAAACCUCGGCUGGAGGCUCGGCUACACGGCUACAGGAAGUCAAUGUCCCAUGCCCAAUACUCCGCCCAACGCCCUGAUGAACCCCUUCCAAUCAGAAUACUUCUUUAAAGACCACAUCCUGUUCACCUGUGAGCCUGGAUACCACCUGCUGAAGGACGGAGGUCACCUGGAUCACUAUCAGAUCGACUGCCGGGCCGAUGGAUCGUGGAGCGACCGUCCUCCUCCGUGCCACAUGGUGGAUUGUGGGAGUCCAAAGAUGGUCGACAUGGCUGACGUGGUGUUUGGUAACCAUGACAACAGCACACUGUUCGGUGCGACCGUUCAGUACGUGUGCAGGGAGGGCGGCGUCCAGCUUAACACUUCAUACAGGUGUGGUCUGAGUGGAGACUGGGUUGAUUCAGAAGGAAGGAGCACAGUACCCACCUGUCUGCCAACCUGCGGCCAGCCAUCCCGCCCUCUCCCCCCUCAGGUGAAGCGGAUUGUGGGCGGUCGUAGCGCCGAGCCUGGCUUCUUCCCCUGGCAGGUCCUGCUCAGUGUGGAGGACCUGUCCAGGGUCCCAGAGGAUCGCUGGUUCGGCUCCGGGGCCCUGCUGUCGCAGUCCUGGGUCCUCACAGCUGCCCACAUCCUGCGGUCCCUGAGGAGGGACACCAGUGUUGUUCCCGUGGCCGCUGACCACGUCAAGGUCUUCCUUGGUCUCCAUGAUGCCAGAGACAAACGUCGGGCCACCAACCUCUCCGUAGACCGGAUCUUCCUCCACCCGGACUUCCAACCCAACAACUACAACAACGACAUCGCCCUGCUGAGGCUGAGUGAGCGGGUGGAGUUUAACCAACUCAUCCGUCCAGUCUGUCUCCCACUGCCUCACACACAGGAUGACCCCCUGGCACCUCCCCCCAACUCUCUGGGUGUGGUUGCUGGUUGGGGAAUCUCCAACCCCAAUGCCUCUGCUUCUUCCUCCCCCUCAUCCACUCUGACCUUUGACCCUGUGUCGGACACCGACCUCGAGAUGACCUCUGACCUCCUGCAGUAUGUGAAGCUCCCUGUGGUCUCCCAGGCCGAGUGUGAGGCGAGCUACGCCUCGCGCUCCGUCAGCUACAACAUCACUGACAACAUGUUCUGUGCCGGCUUCUUCGAGGGGGGGCGGGACACCUGCCUAGGGGACAGCGGGGGUGCAUUUGUAAUGGAGGACGAGGUCAGCCGGAGGUGGGCGGUGUUUGGGUUGGUGUCCUGGGGUGGACCGGAGGAGUGCGGGAGUCUGAGAGUGUAUGGAGUCUAUACCCGAGUGGCCAAAUACGUGGAGUGGAUACAGAGCCACCUUCACGCUGCCCCCUGGUGGUGAUGCUGGGUUUUUUAACACUUUAUUUUUAUUGGUAGUUUUGUAUAUUUUUUACAAAACAUUCAGACAUUAACAAGUACAGAGCACUAGGCUUGCAAAGAUGCAUUAAAAAAAAGGUAUCCAUUUAUGGUACAAUCAAAUCAAACAGGUGAGUUACAGCGAUGAUACUUUUGGUACCAGAAUUUAUAAUAUUUUUCCAUUCAAGUAAAGGUCCCAUUUUUUCCAUUACUUCUCAAAUUUAUCAGCAGCAAGUCUUAAUGAAAAAGUCUCUCCAUUGUGUAAAUUUCCUUGGUAAUGCCUAUCCAGUCCAAAAAUGACGGUGGAGCCACGUUUAGCCAUUUGCGAGUUAUGGCUUUCUUUGCACCAGCCAGUAGUUUUAAUAAAAGGUAUUUGUCCGAUUUCCUCAGUCCUUGGGGCAAAUCACAGAUAAAACACAGUGAAGUCAGGGUUCAAGUUCAAGCCCAUCAUGGUAUUGAUUUCUGUAAUCACUACUAGCCAGUAGGGGGCAAUCUUUCCCCUACAUUCCCAAAACAUAUGAACAUGUCCUGCAGAUACACAUCUGGAUCUGGAUAUCUGUUUCUUUGGCGCAUUCCCCUUACAAGAGCCUGCAUCCUCUUCUAGGAAUUUUAUGUUUCUGUCUGUGCCUCAGCUGGAGGUAUCUAAAGAAAUCCUGUCUUUCCAAAUAAAAUCUUCUCUGGAGUU